GAUACACUGCGUCUGAGUUGACGCAGUCGCUUGCGCUUAAAGCCGCGUAUAAUUUCCUGGUGAGAGUACAGAUUAGAGGUUUUUACGUUGCCUGUGGGACUCGAGAAGUUAAUUCAUUUAUAAAAAUCCUAAACAAACCAUACCGCGUUUCAGACAUGCUACGAAAUGGAGAGGUAUCUCCGGGAGGAGCCCCGCAGCAAACGCCGCUCCGAAGAGGAGUGGGCGAGGUCCCCUAUCUCCCCCCCUUCGCCACCUCCGCUGUUCGUGGCCGCGGUGAAGAGCGAGCCGCCUAGCGACACAGAGGAGAAAGGUCCGCCACCCCUCGAGGAGAUCCGAGGUUGGACCCUGGCCUCCCCGCUGCCACCACUUCUCUUCCCACUUCCCGAGAAAUGCGAGCCACUAAGUGACACAGAGGACUCGAAAGGCACAAUACAACCUGAUUGGUCGGUGGCAUCACCGUCGCCGACACCACCAGCGCUGUUCACCGUCACUGCCGUCAAGGACGAACCUCCCAGCGAUUCGGACGAGCCUAGAGGUUCGAUAUCACGGAAAAGCAGUUGGGGCAAAAAAGACUGGACGUUAUCUGCGUCGCCGCCGCGGCCCGCGCUGUUCGCUGCGAGCGUCAAGGAGGAGCCCAGUGACUCGGACGAGGCCAAAGGUUCGAUCCGGAAAUCCGGAUGGGCAGACUGGAAGAUAUCGCCGUCGCCGACUCGGCCCGCUCUGUUCACGGCGCCCGCUGCGAAGGACGAGCCAAUCAGCGACUCGGAUGAAGCUAGAGAGCCUAGCCCGCCCCGCCGACACGCCCCCCGCCAUCACUCCCACGCCGACCCGCGCCGCCGCGUCCACCGCUGCGAGUUCCCUGCCUGUGACAAGGUGUACACCAAGAGCUCGCAUCUGAAGGCCCACAAACGGACACACACAGGUGAAAAACCCUACAAGUGUUCAUGGGACGGCUGCGAAUGGCGCUUCGCGCGCUCCGACGAGCUCACUCGGCACUAUCGCAAACACACGGGCGCCAAACCCUUCCGCUGCCGCCACUGCGAGCGCUGCUUCAGCCGCUCCGACCACCUCGCGCUGCACGCCAAGCGACACGCGUAGCCCGUCAACAACCAGCCAAUCAGAACCUAGGUAGCUCCUCUCUGAUUGGCCGAGCGGGCAAGCCGAGCCGAGCGCUUGUGAUUGAGGAAUUGAUCGCGGGCCGAACCAAAGAUUGCUACGCUGUUAGUCACUCAGAUUAUGCUUUAAAUUUUUUUCGUUUUUGUAAUCUCUUUCGGCUUGGUUGCCGUUUAGCUUAUGCCGCAAAGCGGCGAGUGCCAUCGUCGGGCGGGGGUGCGAGGCUUUCUUUUGUCUACUACCAAAUUAAAGGUUGUAUAAGACCCUUCGUCGGGUUAACGUAAAAUAAUAUCAGCAACGCUAACUGUCGCGGACGCGUGCGGUGGAUUUUACCUACAAUGGCAUCCGCGUGCGUGUAUCCGCGCCGGCUAACGGACGUCCUAAAGCCUACUUUACACGGGCAACCAAAUGAUGACUAGUUGUCACGUGCGACACAACUUGAAAAUUAGUUUUCGAUAACCAUUCGGCAACUUGACUUUUUUGGUCUGGUUUGGUUUGCACAGUGUGAGGCAAGCCUUAGAUGCAUCUUUCAAUUAAGUAACAUGUAAAUGUAACAAAAAAUAAAAGAAAAUCAGGUUAAAUUGCAUAUAAGUUCAACGAGCCAAAAAUAAUGACGUAUAUGGCGAUAUUUGACAUAAAAAUAUGGUAGUUUUAAUAGAGAUGUUAGUACGAAAUAAUGCCUGACUUCUUUGAGACUGAUCAUAAAUUGUUUAUGCCUUUUGAAUUUCAUGAAAAAUAAAAAAUAAACGCAAAACGCUUUCUUCCAUAUAAAACGCUUUAGAUCAUAUUAUUGAUACUAACAUCUUUAUUUUAAAACACUAUAUAUGAUGACCAAUUGUCUAUGAACAAUUUACAAAAAAAAAGCAACCGCACAAAAUGCCCGCCCGUAUGUUUACACUACGUGACAUAUUAUUUAUUGGUAAAGCUACCUUCGCAAGCCAAAAUGUAUGUAUGUAUGAAUGUAUGAGACAUUUUGGCUGGGAGUUAGAUUGGGUAAGUACCCACCGAGGCCCAUCACUUUAGUUAGGCUUAGGGGGCGAAUCUGCAUGUCAGAGAGAGAGCUGUCAUUGCAGACAGAGAUAGAUGUCUGGCAGGUGUUGCGCCGAAGGUACUGUAGUGAAUUGAAAAGAGUAAGCUAAUGUUCCAAAUAAUCUUGAAAUGAUUUUUGUAAACAUGAGGUUUCAUUCAAAAGCCUUCAUGGUGCAAUGUAAAAGGAUUGAUACGUGUAAAAACAAAAAGGAAAAAUUAAAAAAAAAAAUUUAGCGGCCUUCGGCAUGUAAAAGAGAUUUCCAUUAAUGCAAAAUAUGUAGAUUCGCCCCAGUUAUACGUCUCGUUACCUGAUGUAUUUAAUCGGUACAGUCACUCGUUCGAAAAUGAUCCUUAUGCUUCAUACUAAAAGUCGCAAAUCGACUGUCUAGAUCCAUGUAUGUUGUACGAAAUUGUGUAGGUUUAAGAUAUUUUUAAUGUUGAGGGAGAUUUUUUAUAGAUAAUGCGUAUGGUAAAAUGAUUUAUAUUUUACCGUCCUUAUGGUUGAUGUUUGCUUGAGACUUUUAUGUAGAUAUAAUGUGGUGAUACACUUAUGUUAAUUUUUUAUACUUCAAGUUUCAAAUUGCAAAAACCUACUAAAAGAUUAGUGUCUUACUUUUAUAAUGUUACUGCAUUUACGAAAAAAGUAACAUGGGUAUAAGUCGUGUCAUUCACGAAGACGCGACCUUGACUCUUAUUGUAAUGUUAUUAAGGAUUAGAUUAGACAAAUCUGCGCGUCUUCGUGGAUGACACGUACUUAUAUAGUUUGAAACUGAUUUCGACGAGUGACUGCAUUCGAAGCAAUGUUUAUUUUUUAUUACGUUUAUUAAUAAGAUAUGAAUAAUUGUUUACGUUAAGCUGUUUCAUAUUCUACUCUUUCAUUCCGCUCUGUCCCGCUGUGUGGGCCAUAUCUGUCGUAUUAAAAGGCAUACUAUUGAGAAUUAUUUUAAUUUCUAUCAAUACUCGUUUUUAUGUUCUACUUUUCGACGCCGUGUCAAACAAAAAAGCUGUCACUCCCACGUCACCGUCUCAAAACUGAAAUUGAACUUUAUGCAUAUUUACUUAGGUCUAUAUUGCUCUGUGGUCUCUAACUGAUUAAUCCGUCAUUGCCGUUGGGCCUACGCUGCGGAUAUAUCCGUCGGCGUCGAAAAGGUUCAAAAAUGUUGUACUUUUCGACGCCGUGUCAAACACAAAAGCUGACACUCGCACGCCACGUCACCGUCUCAAAACUGAACUUGAACUUUAUGCAUAUUUACUUAGGUCUAUAUUGCUCUGUGGUCUCUAACUGAUUAAUCCGUCAUUGCCGUUGGGCCUACUCUGCGGAUAUAUCCGUCGGCGUCGAAAAGGUUCAAAAAUGUUGUACUUUUCGACGCCGUGUCAAACACAAAAGCUGACACUCGCACGCCACGUCACCGUCUCAAAACUGAACUUGAACUUUAUGCAUAUGUACUUAGGUCUAUAUUGCUCUGUGGUCUCUGACUGAUUAAUCCGUCAUUGCCGUUGGGCCUACGCUGCGGAUAUAUCCGUCGGCGUCGAAAAGGUUCAAAAAUACUUAAAAGCAAUUAAAACAGGUAACUAAGUAUCUUUAGUGACCUUUUUAUAGCAUUUGAGAGUUCAGAUGGAGUUUUUUAACGGCAGAUUAUUAAAGGUCCAUAACAGGGGGGCAAGUAAUACGGGUUGGAUUAUUUCCCUCAGGUUGAUUCUAACCGGCUUUAGGGUCCCUCGGACCCCGUUAUAGAUAGGUAUUUUGUAUGUUUUUUAUUAUAAAUUAAAUUUAUUAGCUUCUUCAUGUUUUAAAGCUUUAUAUCUCGUUUUCCGCUUUGAUGUUGAUUGUUAUGACCGAUAGUUUUAUGUUUAAUACUUAUUUAACGCGUUCGUAUGACUGCUAAGGUUGUUGAGCUAUAUGUGACAUUAUCUAUGAAAAGGGACCUUAUUGUCGGUGGCGCUUACGGCAUUAUCAACGAUGCUCCCAUAUUAUAAACAACGGCGCGCUACGGAGUGCGGCGUAAGCGCCAUCGACAAUAAGGUCCCUUUUCAUAGAUAUUGUCACAUAUGAGGUUCACUUUACAUUUGCCAUUUCCAUGAAACCAAAUUAACUUGCACCUUAAAAGGCUCUACAAUUAAUAUCUGUUACCGUUAGAAAUUGUACCUUCAUUUAAUACCAAAUUCUGUUUUUUUCAAAAUACCCAUCAGUAGACGCACUAAUUCGUCGAAUAAUUUAGUACAUUGACCUUUAUUAUGUCUCUCACUCGCGCGCGAUUGUGUUGUCGCACGCGAGCGGCGUAAAAGUUCAAUGGAUGAAAUUAUUUUUGGUGACGGCUUUAAGACAUACACUCCAAGCACGAGUCUAAAUACAUACAGUUAUUAAUACAUUACACAGUGUAACAAAAAUAGUAGGGAUAUGUUUAAAGUAAUAUUCGGGUUCGUGGUCUCAUUAUACCCUCUUAAGGCCCAGCCAUAGAAAUGAAAAAUCCAAAUAUUGCCAUUGGAAUUUGAACCUAUAGUGCACGGAAUACAGUAGAUUUUAUUUUGUUUGAAAAUUGCACGAAACAAAACAAAUGCAACUCUGUCCUAAUUGAAUAUGAUUUAAAUUUCAUCGAACUGAAUAAGUCCUAUAGGUAGGACCUUGGGCCUUACGAGGAUACACCAGUCAAAUUAGAUCCGUAAAUAGCGUGUAAAGGAAUAAUUGAUAGCAAGCUGUAAAUCGUUUUAAUACUUUCAUUUUGUCCUAAACGCGUGUAAUCCGAGUUUUCCCCUUUCCAGGAGGUGUGCAUAAAUUUUGGGAGCCUUAGGAGAUAGUUAUUUCUUUGAAUUGCCAAACCAGUCGAUGUAGAAGGAUUCGGCCAUCAAAUACAAUUUUUAACAUGAUUAAACAAAAAAAAAUUCGAAUUCGAAACUUUGACUACAAAUUCAUAUUAAAGUACCUUUCGGAUCCCUAGAUAUUAUUUUUUAUCACGAUUAGGAUAAAUUUACCAUCGGCUGUUUUCGAUCUACUAGCAAAAACUAAAGAAGAGCCAAAAAUUAUGCUUAUCUCCUGGGAUGGAGCAAACCUUGGAUUACACGCAUUGAGGACCAAAUGGAGAUAUUAAUACGAUUUCCAGCUUGCUGGGAAUUAAUUCACCGAAAAUACAUUAUUUGCUUGGCCUAUUAGGAAGAAGUGGAAAAAAAUGUCUGACGCGAAAAGUUUCGCUGUCUUGGACGGGCAAAAAAAAUUUUUUUCGUCUUUUUUCUAAUUAGAACACGAUACCGAAUACGUCCUUAAAGGGAUCCCCAUUAUUUUUGUUACAUCCUGUAUACCAUCAGCCAUAUUAAUGAAAACACCAUUUGUUAUUUCGUUUCCACCAUGGGCAAAUAGUUCCGUUUUCAAUUUGAUUUAAACGACUAGACUAGAUUCAAUCGGCAUUCAAAAGUUGUUUUACGAGUUUAUCUGGGGUUCCCAAACUUUCGACGUGAAGGCCACGUCUAUGAUGAUUCAUGUUAGCGGUCGGUGAUUUCCUAUUUGUCCCCGCCCCAAUGACCGCCGUCAUACAUGAGGCGGGACAAGUGGGCCUGCUUUAUAUGAAGCGUUUAUUCCUAUCUGUGCACGACGGGGAAAAAUAGGAACUCUUAUAUAAAGCGCCUGUUCCCAUCUGUCCGACGGGGACAAAAUGGAACACUUAUAUGAAGCACCUGUACCCAUCUGUGUCCGACGGGGACAAAUGGGAACCGUAGUUUGGAAUUCCCUAUUUUACCUUAUUGAGCAAUCCUAAGUAACGUUCCAUUUUUGCUGCUAGCGCUCUUAAUAUUGUCACAAAUAAAGUUAGGACGCAAGAAGAAUUUAGUACGUUGACUCGCAAUUUCCUAUCUCUAUUUGCACGCGCAUAGUUAUAAUGCUUUCCCGCUCGCACAAUGUCAUUGACCGCUGGCAGAUGGGCCGCACAGCAAUGUAACUACGCGCGAGAAAAGAGAAUUAAGAAGACCAAGAGUGCUCACUCUAUACAACGGUUUUGUUACCAAAAAUACUAUUUUUUUCGUAAUCUACAUCUAGCGUCAAGUAGGGGAGCUCUCAGUACUGCUACUCAACAAUAGAUGUCGCGGCAAACAAAAAGUCAACGAGGAUAAUAGUAUUUUUGGUAACAAAACCGCUGUAUGGAGUGAGCACUCUUGGUCUUAUUAAUUCUCUUUGGCGCGAGCGAUAAAAAUAGAAACAGGCGGUUCAACGUACGAAAUUCUUCUUGCUUAUUGUCCUUAAUUUAUAACAUUUUGUUUCGAAAUUGUAUGUAUGCAAAUCGUAGUCAUUAAAGAUAUCCCACUCAACGAAGAUUGUGAUCGACUUUUAAAACUAGGGAGUAAGUUUAUCUAGAUAUAGUUUUAAAAUCCUCAUCCACUUUGUCACGAGUCUUCGUUGGAUGGAAAACGUGUGUUGCCAAAUCUCGGCAAAUGUCAGAUGUCGAUAUUAGACUAUACAUACAUACAGGGUUUUAAGCCCACGCUCAAAUAAAGGUAGUAAAUUAUUAAUAAACUAUGCUCAGACGUAAGUUCUAGUGUUAAAAUAUGACGUGACAAUUGACAGUUACUGAACACUUGUCAGUGACAAUUGUCAAAUUUGUCACAUUUAGACACUAGAACUUACAGAUGACAAACUACUAAUUUUUAUAAAUCAUCAUAAAGUCUCAUUCGUGUCAUAGGCCAUGGUGGAAUGAGAAAAGUAAGUCAUUUUUGAGUUGAAAUUGACUUUAAAACAAUAAUUAUUAUAACUGUACACACACCUCUUUUAAUAAUACACAAUUAACAGUACUGACAAUUUCAUUACUAAUAUUACCUUCCAUACAAAAACGAAUAGUCUAAGAUACGUUAUAAGAAAUAUUUAACCUCAUCUGUUAUUUGUUUGUGAUAAGUGAUAAAUAUUAAUAUUCACAUUGACACAUUGCGAAUAGGUUGCCUAGUGAAAUUGCAUACAAACAGAAAACCUUUUUUUAAAUUGUUGUUAUUUAAUCGUUUAUUUUCUAAACUAACUCAAAUAGGUUAUCUUAUUAAAACGUUGGUCUAGUCCAUGGUUUCUUUUGAUAUAAUAUACAAAUAAAUAACAAAAUAAAAGGUAAAAAAACACUGUCCGUACGCAAUUUAACUAGGCAACCUAUUUUCAAUGUGUCAAUGUGAUUAUUAUCCAUCAUUUAUUUCUUAUCACAAAUAAGUAACAGAUGAGUGUAUAUGUUUCUUAUAACGUAUCUCCUACUAGAAAUGGUGGAAAUUAUUAUCUAACAAUAUGAGAUACGCGCUCAAAAUUGUUAAAAACACAACUUCCAGUCUUACAUUUUUCAUUGCACAACACGAGAUUUGCGCUCAAUUUUCUUAAAAACACUACUUCCAGUCUUACAACUCUCAUUGCACAACACGAGAUACACGCUCAAAAUUCUUAAAAACACAACUUCCAGUCUUACAUUUCUCAUUGCACAACAAGAGAUACGCGCUCAAAAUUGUUAAAAACACAACUUCCAGUCUUACAUUUCUCAUUGCACAACAAGAGAUACGCGCUCAAAAUUGUUAAAAACACAACUUCCAGUCUUACAUUUCUCAUUGCACAACACGAGAUACGCGCUCAAAAUUGUUAAAAACACAACUUCCAGUCUUACAUUUCUCAUUGCACAACAUAAGCUUUAAACCACUUAUUACUUCACCCCAAAAUGCGUCUAUAUUUUCUAGAGACUGAUGUGAAAGUGGGUGUAUAAUAUAUAUCGUUGUCUAACGUUGUGCUUACUGUGGGGUUAGUCAAUUUGUGUAAUAUGUCCUAUAAUAUAAAUUUAUAAAAAAUAUUAAUUUAUGUGCUUAGGACCCUUACUUUAUGACCCUGGUACUUGAUUGACUAGGGUACAGUCAGCAGCAAAAGGAGCUAAAAUAUCUGAAACAUAUUUAUUACCAACCCUAUUUACCUCUAAACGUAUUUUAUUCCUAAAACGCGUGUCACGAUCAUACACUAAGGUCACUCUAGUUCCUAGAUACUUUCUAUUACUGGCAAAUUAUAUCCUAAAAACGCCAGCAGAAAAAAACUGGAUACACUUAAAAUAUCAUUACAGUCUCUAGAAAUUAUAAGAAAAUUUUACCAAUAAUUGUAAGUACAACGACUGCAAAUACUGCCAUCUUAUUAGUAUAAACCACAGGUUCUAUACCCUACCCGCUUUAAAAUAAGGUUCAGAAUUUGGUUGUAAAAAAUACCUCCCGCGGGCCAAUUUUGUAGUCUUCCCGAAUUUAAUAUUAACCACUAAGAUUCGUGGCGAGAGCUGUGUGUGAGAAUUAAAAAGUGUGUGUGUGUGCUCCGACGCACGAUUGGAAUUUACUCCUUACGAACGAUUAAAAUACAUUAUAAAUUUUAAGAUGAAAACUCGGCAAUUGACGUUGUUUUUAGACAUCAUGUGUGAUGUGCAAGAUAAGUUGCGCACAAAACAUUGCGUAAAGUUUGAUUUUACUCUUUUAUAAACUGAAAUAGAUAUCAUACACUAAAAGAAUAAGAGUCUAAGUCCACCCGCGCCCAAGGCGGGAAUCGAACCCGCGUGUUCGUCUUAUGCGGGUAACAUCCUGACCACUAGACCACCCGGCCACGGCGGUACCUGUCUCAAAUUCUCUGGUGUAUGCUCUAAAAGACAAAGGGGCUUUGAUUCCUUUAAUUCUUAGGGAGUAAAUUCCAAAACUUAUUGACUUACUUUUUUAUUUCACUAUAGCAAUAAAGUGUGGCCACGGUGUUGUGACAAUUUCGGUCACUGACCUGUCCACUACACAUUGCUGCCUCUAUCAAUUGACUUCCAUUUUUUUUUGCUAAUGUUCUAUUCUUCCAUUUUUAUGGAAAUGUGCUUUAAAAAUUAAAUAUUAUUUUAAUCUUACACAUUUUGAGUUCUCGCCUCGUGCGAUUCGUGGAUUGCUUUAAGUGUGUGGGUAGCUUAUUGUUCAGUCAAUAUGAUAUAGGCUACGGUGACGGCUUACCACGGCCGUAUGCUUGUUUGCCACCGGGAAAUGACUGCAGUGAACUACCCACUUUAUAUUAAAAGGCUGGGUAUACCUAAGAAUUUUCGUAAUUCCGGUUUUAACCAGCUCAAAUAGGUACAGUUUUACUCAAAACUGGUUUAGGCUAGUUUAGGAAAGGUUUUAAGGUCUUUUAAUAUGUGUCGUGUUGCAGAAAAAAUAAUGUUAAAAUAGGUAAAGAGGUUUAAUUGAUUUAACAGAUAUCAUAUUUAUAUUUAUUUAUUAUCACGCAUUUUUUUAGUAUGAAAAUAACAAGAUAUAUUGCGUUAAAGUAAGGACGCUAAGCAUGAAGAAUUUCGUACAUUGACCAGCUUGUUUCUAUCUCUAUCGCACGCGCAUAAAUAUAUUGUUGUCCCGCUCGCACAGUGGCAUUGACCUCCGACAUCUUGGGAGGCAAUAUGGUGCAAUAGAUAGAAACAGGCGAGUCAAUGUGAAAUACUUCAUGAUUAGGGCUUGUGCACAAAUCACGCGAGGUUCGAUAGGGGGGGAGGGGUCACGAAAGAUCACGUCGGGGAAGGGGGGAAGGGGGUACAAGGAGACUCACGAGUAGAUACUUUUUCUCGGUUUCGAUAAUACAUAAAUCUUCAUUUCGCACUUCAAAAUAGUGAGUCUAUUUUACAAAAAUAUCAUCACGUUCAUAACGAAAAUAGAAAAAUAAAUAAGAUUUACUAUAUACAAUAUUAUUUAUCUUAAAAUAAAGUCGACUGAAAAUAUUUCAAAAAAACUACUCGUGUGGAUAUGUGGGGGAGAGAGGGGUAGCCAAGAACCUGACCAAAUAUCACCAAGGGGGAGGGGAAGGACCAAAAAGUAGCUGAAAAAACGAUUUGUGCACAAGCCCUUAGCGUCCCUACUUUACAGAUUAUCAUUAAAAAAACUUUAUUUCUUAUAACACUUUUUCUUUCCGAAAUUAUUUUUUAUACUAUUAUAUUAUGAUUGUAUUGGUAUAUAAAUAGUUUAUUGAAAUCCUAAGCACAACUUUUGAUAGCAUUUACAGUUUUUUGUAAAUUGGUUUAGUGAAUUAAAAUCCUUUCGUCGCGUACGCAUUGGAUGUGUUAUCUGUCUCGGUCUCUCUUUAGCAUUCCGUAUUGCGAAAGGGAGACAGGUGACAAAAUAUCCCUCUGCGCGCUAGGUGAAUGGACGAGUAACGGCGACGAUCCUAUAAGUCGAGUAUAGCCACGUUUCUGGUAUAAUAUAUAUUAUAAUAUUAUAAAAUAAUUAAUCUAUAACCGUUUUACCAACUGUGAGUGAAACAUUUUUAAAAUUAAAGUCAUGUGAACUACGAGAUCCUAGAAUAAUUAAGAUUAAUAGUGUAUUUUAUGCAUAUAUUAUUAUUAUUGAGACAGGUUCGGUCUGCCAAGACCAAAAAUAACACCAAACGUUUAACACUUUUAUAGUCUAUUUAACAAAUAUGUGUUAAAAUAUAUGUUUUUGUUUACGUUCACAGCUUUUAACAUUAUUUUAGUGGAAAUGUAAAAAAAUAAACUUAAGCUACAGAAAAAAAAUGUGAUUCAUAAGUCAAAUAUAUAGUAAUAUACGUAUAGUUGUAUAACAUAUGUUAACUAGGAAACGUAUGGAUGUGUGUGUAUUAUUGUGCUUAAAGGCGGGUGUUUAGAUAUAUUAUGUAUUACUUAUAUACAUACACAUUAUAUAUAUGCACUACGGCUGGUAACUGCAUAUUCGAUAGCGUAGUUAAAUAUAUAUGAUAUAUAUAUGUAAGUAACCGUUUAACUGGUAUAAAUAUAUAUAAAUAGGUAUGAUUAAAAUAUACAAAUAAAUAAAUUCAUCGUUCGUGUUUAGAAUCAACCUGAAUUUAUAUUUUUGGCGCCAACCGUUUUAAGAAUGCACGAACAUUUACUUAUAUUUAUGCCUUUUCUAGUUUUUAAGCGAUUCACACCUUUUUUUAUAAUUAUAUUUACUUACGUCUGGCAUCACAACUAUUUAUAAUGAGGCAUGCUCGCGCAAUAUUUUCAUUAACAUAUCAAUAUUUUAUAUUAAUGUUAGUUGUAACUUAUAUAUUUCUUGUACUACCAUUUUAUAUGUGUCACAAAUAUAUACAUCACUAUUUUUAAGUUUUCUUUGUCCGGCCGGGAGCUAGCAAUAUCUAUGUUCUGGUGUUUCAAUGGCUUACAUCACUAACCAUCUGUCAAAUACAUAUAUUCACAAAAAUCUUCCUAAUAGGACUAAAAUAUUAUGGAUCUAUGUUCCUGUCAUUUUUAUUACCAUUAUAAGUCAACAGAUAAUGUAUUUUACAUACAACCGAUGUUAUAUAUACACAAUAUAACGCAGUACAGUUAGUUCAUUUUUUGCAGCAGAAAGAAGUUAAGUGAUCAUGACGUGUUUUUUAUUAAAAAAGUUUUUUGAAAAAUAAGUCGCAGCAAAUAUGUGAUAAUUAUAAAUCAUAAACGAUUAUUUACAUUAUUUUGCUUUCAUAAGUAAUUUAAACUAUUUUUUUUAAGAGAUUUUAAUAAAAAGACACGUCAAGGUUGUUUACCUUUUUUCUAAUGCAAAAAAACGAAGAAGUGACGGCCAAUGUUGCCAAAUAUAAACACAUCCUUAUUUGAGUCAUUCUCAAAUUAUAUGACUGCGGUCAGACUCAACUGCUUCAAACUUUUUAUACAUUUAGUAUGGUUUGCCGGAGUAUAGACGCAGGCAAAAAUCUGGAGAAUAACCCAUUCCUACGAUAACAAAGAUGUGUAUAUAUAUUGGGCCACUUUGUGAAUCACUGCAUAUUUGAUACUGUAUGUACAUUGGUACAGGUAUUACACGUGAAUAUUGGUGCAAAAUGUUGUAUUGCAAAUGUUUGAACAAAACAAAUUAUUGUAUUAAAGACUUCGAUUUGUCUUUUUUAAGUAGUAACACUAUUAUAUACAAAUUAUAAACUGAAAUAUUUGUCAUAUACUGAAGAAAAAAUGGCAGAGCCGUAAAGUGACGGGCAGAGGCCUACGGCCUCCCGCCUGAAAUACGUAUAACUUAGACAUACCGUAAACAUGUAUUAGUUAUUUCUUGCGCCACUAGAGGGCAUCGCUCAAUGUACCUUGCUGACACCAAAUUUGGGUCUUGCCCUGCCACUGGUGACAGGGUAGUCUAGAGGUACAGGGGUAAAUUAAAGACGCCGGUUCGAACCGGACACUAAAGAAAUUAGUCAGUUUUUCUUUAAUACUUUUCAUUAUUAAUCAUCUAUUUCAGUUUAUAAUGUUUAUAAUGUUGACUUUGAAAUUAAAUGGCUCUGCACAUUUAAAGAAAAACUACCUUCACGAUAAAUUUUACGCGGCUUAUAAAGCUGAGACUGCGUCAACUCAAACAGAGCAUCUCGCUUUCGCCAAUGUCAGCACGAGGGAGAUGCAUUGUCAGUUUACGCAGUCGCUAGCGAAUAAAGUCGGUGUCAAACUCGUCAAAGCUCUGGUUUCCUAGAAUAGCAGUGCCGUCAUAUAGCGGCCGUAAUAUUACGGACGCAAAAAGAAUGUUCCUUGAAUCACCGCCCUCUAGAAAACCGCGCCAUUUUGUUUACAUACACAAAGUUAUAGUGACGCCAUUUAAGCGCUGUAUUACGGCCGCUAUAUGACGGCACCGCUAUCCUGGGAAACUAGAGCUUAAGGACGAAUAACGUCAUUUAGUUCAGCUGUCAAACAAUAUUUUGCAUCAGUUGUCUCAUUUUCUAUGAUCUGAUCUCCAUGCAUAGAGAUUAUCUCGAUGAUAUGUUAUGCAGGGUGUUUGAAUUUGAAAAUUAUUCUUCACGGUACACUGCAGAAGACUAUGCUUUAGAAAAAGCAUGAUUAGCAUGAGCUAUCUGCUUUAUUAAUAUUUCACACUUUCAUCUUUUUCCUCUCUCGUUGACCAGCACGAGUGCCACCAGUUUAACACUGACAUAUACGCUAGCGUGUACGUAGCUUACUUUCAAUGCAUCUCGCUCGUACUCGCAUAUUUGUGCGAGUGAGAUGUGUAGAAAGUAAGUUACGCAGACAGCGAAUAAUUAUGUCAGUGUGACACUGGGCCACCCCACACUAACGUCUUCCGAGCGUCAGCGUCUAGUCAACUCUAUGGCGCUGCUCGACGCGACGUUGACACAACGGCGCAGCGACGCUAUUUUCCAUAGCGCUGACUAGACGCCGACGCUCAAAAGACGCUAGUCUGGGGUGGCCCUAAGGCAAUCGUGGUGAGGCUACUGCUGAAGAUGGUUAUCUGUUUAAGCCAUUUUUAUAUGUCAGUCUAAGCCAACUCUGCACUAAUUAGAACAGUACCAAGUGAGGUUAUUGUUAUAAAUGUCAUGUAUUUAUUUGACAUUAAUGACAUCACACUUUGUCAUUGCAACUGCAGAGUUAGCUUGGUCAGACUACCGUGUAUUGACCGUAUGUUCUUUGUAUAUUUGUAAAAUUGUACUCGCAUUUAUACCGAGUUCUGACAGUGAUGUAUGUUUUAUUUUUUUCUAGAAUUUAUUUUAGGUUAUGUCAAAACGACUGGGAAUGUUUUUUUGUUUAUGUAGGUAUUUUAAUGUGCGAUUCCCACCGGCAAUACUUGCGCGCCGUCUCCGCCCAUUCGAUGAGAAUCGUACUUUAUUGUGCAAUUUUUUCCAAGGAUAAUAGGUUUUUUUUUCACUAUACAAUAUCUGUCAGAACCGCCUUUGUGAUCUUGCAAUAACAAAACGGAUUGUCUAAUAUAAUUUGUCAGUAUUGUCUGUCUGUCAGUACAUUCCAGUGCUUUCUUAAAUCGGUUGUAAUUUAAUAGCCAUUAGACUUAACGCAUCUUAGCUUAUUUGUUAAGCGUUAGUUCGUCCGAGCGGUGCAAUAAUAUGUAUACUUGGGAACCUUUUGUGAUUUCAAGAACAAGUAGACUAGGUGAUUUUCAUAGUGUAAAUCAUUGUGAUACACACAUAUUUGCAUUUCCUAAUGCUUUGAACGCCAGACGGCAAAGGAAUAUGCCCUGCCCCGGUCGCCACGCGAUCGCGAUUAAGCGAAAUUGAACUUUCCGGAGCCCCGCUUAAGUCCCUAUUGCAUUGGCAAAGCUGCCGGCUGUGGCCGUCGUUGGCGUCCUUGGCAAGACUCCGAUGACGCCCACAGCAGUCUGUAGCGGUCAAAAGGUUAAAGACCAUACAAAUAUCGAACAAAUGGUAAAUUAAGGGGAAUUUUCCUUUGAAUCAAUAAACUAUAGUUUUUAUUUUACUUAAAAUGUGGAAUGGCAACAAUAAUCGUCCAUUUUCAUAGGAAUUUAUCGUUAAUAGUGGCGUUUUCUUACUCUGUCGCUAAAAAGUCUGGUAAAGUCGCCAUCAGAUCGGAGCGGUCAAGGUGUUAACAAAUAUCUGAAAAAAGCUAUAACAUCAAGGUCCGCUCCGAUAUUUCUGAUGACUGAACGGGACACUCGGUAUCAGUCCUACCACGAGUUUGACAUAUUCGCUAGCGACUGCGUAAACUAACUCGCACAUCUCUCGUACUGGCAUUGUCGUUUGAGUUGCGUUUAAGGCGUAAAACUCAUGGUAAAGUUAGGGGUCGAUAUUGAAAUUGAAAAAAAAUAAUGUGUAUAUAUUAAUGCAUCGCAACGGACAGAAAACUACCGUUUUGGUUGAAAACUUUUUAUGGCUGUUGAGAAUUUGUUGACAUUAUUUUAGAGACAACGUGUCGGUUUCGAGCGAUCAAGUUUUAAACUUAUUAACAAUAUUAAAAAAAAAAACACCUAUAGUGUAUUUCUAUAUGAAUCUUUAAAAAUUGUCACUGUGACAAGUUACGAAAUGGUACGGAAAUUAAAAUGUACAGUCGCGAUCAGAUAUAUCGGAGCGGCCGAGGUGCUCAAAAAUAUCUGUACACGCACUCUAACGCCUUGACAAUAGAGGCGUGUUCAGAUAUUUGUGAGCACAUUAGCCGCUCCGAUGUAUCUGAUGGCGGCUGUACAACAUUUCGUACGGUCGAGUUCACAAAAAUGUGUACAAGUCAAAGUUCCAGAAAUAUGUUUACACCAACUUAUUGUCAGUUAGUCAGGCGUGUAAAUAUAUUUUUGGAGCGUUGUCUUUUAAAUAUUUUUGUGAACUGUACCUGUACAAUUUUGUAUGGGUUUUUUAUUACAUCCGUUUAAGAUUCAUAAGCAGGGGUCGUACAAAAAGUGCGGAUGACGUCAAACCACUUAUAGGAUGAUUUCAAAUAGUAUUUUUGAUUUUCAUAAACAAUUAUCACUUAUCAUUUAUCAACCUCUUUAUUUAACGAUAUCGCCACUUGAAAUGAGUAAGUACGUUUUUGACUGACACAUUGUCAAUCAGAUGAACAAUAAAUUGACUUCGUUAUUGUUUAGCUAUUGUAUCUUCACGAUUAUAUUUAGCUAAAAUUUAUAUUUACUAAUGUAUAAGAAAACGCUCUAAAAUGUCAUCUUUACUCGAAUAUUGUGGCAAUUUUCCGUUUUUGGAGGUACGUGACAAACACGUAUACUGCUCUUGCUAAAUAGACUUGUUAGAAAAAUAGUCAUCUAUGCAUAAUUUCAUUAAAUAAUAAGUAUAUUUAAUAACAUCAAAUUAUCUGUUUUUUUUUUUAUUAAUCUUACCUACUGUUCCCACUUUUGACUAUUAAACCUAUUUAUCUGAGGAUCCCACAGACUUGUUCUAACUAAUUUCAAAUAACACCUUAUGGUAACAAAUUUCGUGAAAUUUAUUUUAUUCACUACAUCGCCCUACCAUCUGUAUCAUUAAUUCCAUGGAUUUAUUUACGAUUAUUUUGUUACUUCAUUAAUACUACUUUGUUACUACAUGUCACACGGAAGUUUAAAUACAAACUCAAACAUCAUCCUGUGUGCAAGAUUACGUCAUUUUUACGUCAUUCGCACUUUUUGUCCGACCCCUGUUCAUAAGGAAUAGACUAUAAGUAAUAAAUAAACAAGGCAAUCGCAGCGUUUGUCUAUAUCAUAAAAAUUUGAUCAUUGGUCUUUUACAGUCGCCAUCAGAUAUGUCGGAACGGCCGAGGUGCUCACAGAUAUCUAAACACGCCUCUAUUGGUAAGACGCUGGAGUGCGUGUCCAGACAUUUUUGAGCGCCUCGGCCGCUCCGAUAUAUCUGAUGGCGGCUUUACAAAUAAUCACAGAUUAGUUUUACAAGAAUAGCUUAACUGUAAACAAGUUAUUAUUCUAAAAUACAUUUUAGAAUGCUGUUUCAUUUGACACCUUGUCUCUUUUCGUUCGCGUCAGCAUACGAUAACGACCAUUCUAUUCUAAUAGGGGGUAUUACUGUAAUUUUCUGCCGCCAGAGUGCAGCACUAGCACAUAUUGUAAAAAACAGUAACUUAUACAUACUAUGCCUUAAAGUUUGUGAGAAUUCACUAUGACAUUUAUAUAUCAAGGCGGUUUGAUUAUGCCUACCGUGAAAAUGGAUAUUUCGGUAUCUGCCUCUAUCGCUCGAAAGCGUGCUUCGCGGUAGGCCCUCAGUGUGUGCCAGUGGCGCCCCCUACGCAGUUUUGUGUAAUAUCCCCUAUUUGGGAGGUAAUUCCUAGAGAUAAACCAUUUCUAAAGUGCAUCCCCUCUCGCGCCUAGAGUAAGGACGCUAUUCACGGAGAAUUUCGUACAAUUACGUGCAACAUAGAUGGGAACAAGCGCGUCAAUGUACGAUGUUCUUCGUGUUUAGCGUCCUUACUCUACAUUUCAAGUAAUUUUAUAUACGCAACGCACACAAAGACGGCAUAAGCCUUUUGUUAUUUUUGGUUGCGCCUUGAGAUGUGAGCGUGCCUUGAGACGCGCGCAUUUUAAAACUGGUCAAUCUACCUCCAACCGGUGAUAUUCAUGCCAAUGGCACAGAGUACUGUUUGCCGGCGGCUGUUUCAAAUAUAUGUAUACAAUUUUGUCCUUUAAACCUUUGCAAAAUGUAUACAUAUCUUUGACAUUGAAAUUGAAAGUCGUUUUCUCACGCAUUCGCCAUUUUUCUUCAGUAUUCUAUGUUGCCACGCUUUUAUAUUAAAUGUGGAUGAUUUUUUAUUAAGUUAUGCGCGUAUUUAGGCGUAUUUAAUACCACAUUUUAGGAAAUCGGCGGUCAACUGACAAAAAAGAAGAUGGCUACCGUCUGGUGAUAUUCUCGUGCAUUGACCUCUGUACAUCCCUAUUGCUCGACGUUUUAUCUCUCUCCCGUAAUGUUACAUUGCAUGUGAGUGACAGAGACGUCUGUACAGGUCAACGUUCAGAAUUAUUCAUAAUCGGCUUAAAUGUAGGGCGACAUUCGCUUUCGAAUAACAGAAAGAAGCGUUUUCAAGGAUGUUAGACAAAUGAAUUUUUUGUCGAUUCUACCGUGUAUGGCCAGUUAGACCGCCGAUUUCCAUGUGCGUCCACAAUAUGGGCGUCCGCUGACGCGGGUGCACGGCGCGGGUUAGCGUUAUAUAAUAUUAGCAACGCUACCCGACGCGGACGCGCGGUGAUUUCACCUACAAUGACAUCCGCGCGCGUGCAGCCGCGUCUGCUAGCGGACGCCCUACGGCAUUCAGCAGCCGGGACUGUGUAUAUACCUAUAGUUAUUGUAUCAGAUGUACCUACAGAGUAAUAAAGUGAUGUAUUUUUGUUCUGGCCCUCAGCGUUGGGCUGUAGCAUAUUAUUGCAUUUUAUAUUAAUAAAGUUUUCUUAUAUGUGGA